AUGAUUCAAAAAUCAUCAAAAGCGGCCGUUUUUGAUUCCGCUACUAUAUCUGAAAAUUUUGAUGCAAUAAAUGAGAAAAGAGUUGACGAUAUAAAUUUAGAUAUUUUUUAUAAACCACAUACUAUAACGCUUUUAGCUGUAUCGAUAGCAGCCGUUAUUUACUCUGCUUUUGUUAGAGAUGAAAAUAAUAUUAAUGACAAUCUCAAAGCUGGGAGCUACUGUGUAAUUUUUUUUUUCCUUAUAAUAUCUAUAUUAGCAUUUCCGAAUGGUCCUUUUAUCAGACCUCAUCCAGCAGUAUGGAGAAUGGUUUUUGGCUUAAGUGUUCUAUACCUGGUGUGUUUGUUAUUUCUUCUUUUUCAAAAUUACAAAACUGUUAUGGAAAUUAUUUACUGGAUUGAUCCAGAAUUAAGAACUUUUCAUAUAGAUAGUGAUAAGGAAUAUGGUGUAAAUUGUUCAGACAUCAGUAUUGAAAAAAUUUGGUACCAUUUAGAUGUUUUUGCAUUAGCUCAUUUUACCGGUUGGAUGUUAAAAGCAAUUUUAAUUAGACAUUUAGGCAUAUUAUGGGCUAUCAGUUGCAUGUGGGAAGUUACUGAGAUUGCUUUUGCCCAUUUGUUACCAAAUUUUGUCGAAUGCUGGUGGGAUGCACUUAUUUUAGACAUAUUGGUUUGUAAUGGACUUGGAAUAUGGGUUGGUCUUAAAAUUUGUAAAACUUUGGAAAUGAGAGAAUACAAAUGGGUUAGUAUUAGAGAUAUUCAAAGUACUACGGGAAAAAUAAAACGAGCAGUUCUUCAAUUUACUCCUGGUAGUUGGACUCAUGUACGUUGGCUGGAUCCAAAAUGUACUUACAUGAGAUUUUUUGCCCUUUGUCAGCUAGUGGUUUUUUGGCAAAUAUCAGAAUUAAAUACAUUUUUUUUAAAACAUAUAUUUGAAAUGCCACCGGCUCAUUUUUUGGUUGUCGGAAGGUUAGGUCUGAUUGGUCUCAUAGUUGCUCCUUCUGUUAGGCAGUACUACACUUAUGCCACUAAUCCUAAAUGUAAAAGAGUUGGUACUCAAUGUUGGGUUUAUGGUGCCAUUAUGACUACGGAAGCAAUUUUGUGUAUAAAAAAUGGAAAAGAAUUGUUUGAAAGAACUCAAGCCAUUAACAUUAUCAUAUGGCUACUUAUUCAAUUAUUAAUUUCCAUUUCUUGCGUUUAUGGUUGUGUUUUAUGGCAUCGUUAUUUUCAGAAAAAUAAUGAAAAUGGUCACAAUGCAAAAAAUAAUUCUUCACACCAAAAAUUAAAUAAUAAUCCUAGCUAUGAAUUUGUCACAUCAGAUGAUGAAUGUGAUGUGGCACCGAAAGAUUCACCUGUUUCGAAUACUUUAAAAAAGAGAUUUAAUUCAAAUAUAGAUUCUGAAAAGUACAACAGGAAUUGA